CUCUCGCGAGAGCCGCGCGCGGAGCCGGGGAGGACAAGAUGGCGGCCACAACGCCGAUGGCGCUGGGGACGGAGUCCAUUAAGAUGGAGAACGGGCAGAGCACGGCAGCGAAGCUGGGGCUGCCCCCCCUCACCCCAGAGCAGCAGGAAGCUCUCCAGAAAGCCAAGAAGUACGCGAUGGAGCAGAGCAUCAAGAGCGUGCUGGUGAAGCAAACCAUCGCCCACCAGCAGCAGCAGCUCACCAACCUCCAGAUGGCAGCAGUGACAAUGGGCUUUGGAGAUCCUCUCUCACCUUUACAAUCGAUGGCGGCUCAGAGGCAGCGGGCGCUCGCCAUCAUGUGCCGGGUCUACGUGGGCUCCAUCUACUACGAGCUGGGGGAGGACACCAUCCGCCAGGCCUUCGCCCCCUUCGGGCCCAUCAAGAGCAUCGACAUGUCCUGGGACUCCGUCACCAUGAAGCACAAGGGCUUUGCCUUUGUGGAAUACGAGGUCCCCGAAGCCGCCCAGCUGGCCCUGGAGCAGAUGAAUUCUGUCAUGCUGGGGGGGAGGAACAUCAAGGUGGGCAGGCCCAGCAACAUCGGGCAGGCCCAGCCCAUCAUCGACCAGCUGGCGGAGGAGGCCCGAGCCUUCAACCGCAUCUACGUGGCCUCGGUGCACCAGGACCUGUCAGAUGACGACAUCAAGAGCGUCUUUGAGGCCUUUGGGAAGAUCAAAUCCUGCACCCUGGCCAGGGACCCCACGACAGGGAAGCACAAAGGCUACGGAUUCAUCGAGUACGAGAAGGCCCAGUCGUCCCAGGACGCCGUGUCUUCCAUGAACCUCUUCGACCUGGGGGGUCAGUACCUGCGGGUGGGCAAGGCCGUGACGCCCCCCAUGCCGCUCCUGACCCCGGCCACGCCCGGGGGGCUCCCCCCGGCUGCUGCCGUCGCUGCCGCCGCCGCCACCGCCAAGAUCACGGCACAGGAGGCCGUGGCAGGAGCUGCAGUUCUGGGCACUCUGGCGACGCCGGGACUCGUGUCCCCGGCCCUGACCCUGGCCCAGCCCCUGGGGGCUCUACCCCAGGCCGUGAUGGCAGCACAGGCCCCUGGAGUCAUCACAGGUGUGACCCCCGCCCGGCCGCCCAUCCCAGUGACCAUCCCGCAGGUGGGGGUGGUGAAUCCCAUCCUGGCCAGCCCCCCAGCCCUGGGGCUGGUGGAGGUGAAGAAGGAGAAGGAGGAGGAGGAGGUUUUCCAGGAGUCGGAGCGGCCGGAGAUGCUGAGCGAGCAGGAGCACAUGAGCAUCUCGGGCAGCAGCGCCCGCCACAUGGUCAUGCAGAAGCUGCUCCGGAAGCAGGAGUCCACGGUGAUGGUUCUCCGCAACAUGGUGGAUCCCAAGGACAUCGACGACGACCUGGAGGGGGAGGUGACGGAGGAGUGCGGGAAGUUCGGGGCGGUGAACAGGGUGAUCAUCUACCAGGAGAAGCAGGGGGAGGAGGAGGACGCCGAGAUCAUCGUCAAGAUCUUCGUGGAGUUCUCCAUGGCCUCAGAGACUCACAAGGCCAUCCAGGCGCUCAACGGCCGCUGGUUCGCCGGCAGGAAGGUGGUGGCCGAGGUCUACGACCAGGAGAGGUUUGACAACAGCGACCUGUCGGCGUGAGCCGGGAACGCCAGCCUGGAAUCUGGGCAGCCCCCAGCUCGGAUCCGGUUAUGGGCCCAACUCUGAUCCUGGGAAUUAGCAGAGCUUGGAUCUGGGGGAUCGGCUCAACUCCAGUCCCGGGGAUCAGCCCAACUCCA